CAGCAGCGGAUCAGAGACCAGCACAGACAUAUAGCAGAGACACUGUCUACACAGGACCGAGGAGAUGGGAGACAGAGCGGGGACCAGAGUCUUUAAGAAGUCCAGCCCCAACAGCAAGCUCACAGUUUAUCUACCAAAGCGAGACUUUGUUGAUCACUUAAACCACGUAGAUCCAGUAGAUGGAGUGCUCCUUGUGGACCCAGAAUAUCUGAAAGAUCGAAAAGUGUUCGUAACUCUGACUUGUGCAUUUCGUUACGGUCGGGAGGACCUGGAUGUCCUGGGCCUUUCCUUCCGGAAGGAUCUGUACGUCAACACUGUCCAGGCCUUCCCUCCUCUGCAGGAGGAGAAGAAGCCUCUUAGCCACCUGCAGGAGAGGCUGCUGAAGAAGCUGGGUCAGCAUGCCUACCCCUUCAGCUUCACUAUCCCACAGAACCUGCCUUGCUCAGUGACCCUCCAGCCGGGUCCAGAAGACACUGGGAAGGCAUGUGGUGUGGACUAUGAGCUUCGAGCGUGCUGUGCCAAGACUGUGGAGGAGAAAAGCCACCAAAGGAACACAGUGCAUUUGGUGAUCAGGAAAGUUCAGUAUGCUCCAGAGAAGCCAGGUCCACAACCAAUGGCAGAGACCAGUCGCAGCUUCCUGAUGUCCGAUAGAGCUCUACACCUAGAGGCCUCACUGGAUAAGGAGCUGUACUACCAUGGUGAGCCCAUCAGUGUCAAUGUCCAGGUAACCAACAACUCCACCAAGACUGUCAAGCGGGUGAAGAUAUCAGUUCGUCAGUACGCUGAUAUCUGUCUUUUCUCCACGGCUCAGUAUAAGUGUCCGGUUGCCCAGGUUGAAGCAGAUGACCAGGUUUCUCCCAGCUCCACCUCUUGCCACAUCUAUACUCUGACCCCCAUGCUGGGUACCAACAGGGAAAAGAGAGGCCUGGCCCUGGAUGGAAAGCUAAAGCAUGAAGAUACCAAUCUGGCCUCCAGCACCAUUAUGAAAGAAGGGACCAGCAAGGAGAUGAUGGGCAUCUUGGUUUCCUACAGAGUCAAAGUCAAACUGGUGGUGUCUCUUGGAGGGGAUGUAGCAGUGGAACUCCCUUUUGUCCUCAUGCAUCCCAAACCUACAGACCAGCCCAGCUCCCAAGCACAGUCAAUUGCUCCAGAGGCUGAUGGUCCUGUGGACUCCAACCUCAUAGAGUUUGACAUGAAUACUUCUUCUCCGGUUGAUGACUUUGUGUUCGAAGACUUCGCUCGCCUGCGGUUAACAGGAAUGAAGGAUGAGAAGGAUGAGGGUGAGCCCUUUUGUUAGCUCCUCUUUCACCUGCCGGGUUACUUGUCUGAGUGGAAGCUCAUAGACAACCAACCCCAGAACCCAUGAAGAAGAUGAUGAGCAAACAGCCAGACAUGUAAAGACACCCUCCUGAAUCUCGCCACAUGCUUUUAAUCGAACCAUUUAUUUUGUAUGGGCUACUGGAUGUGCCUCUUAAAAGAGCAGUCAGCAAAUUAAGAAAUCUGCUGAUUGCAUGCUAGUGUAAAAACAGGGGAGAUGGUCACUGAACCAGGCCACUAUAGUGUGAACGUAGCUGGAGUUUAACUAAGUGAGAUUACAGUAGAAUGUUUUCGGUUGCUGCUUGACUCUUUUCAUUCUGCUGAUAUCAGUAUUAUUCAUACUGCUGUGAUUCAGGAUUUGUAUUUCUAGCAGAGGAAUAAAAGUAGUAUUUUCUAUCGAUGAUAGAUCAGUAGUUAUCUUCAGGUAUCAGUGAAAGUGUCCAGAGCAAUAACAGAGAGCUCUUCUUCCUUCCUCUUUAUAAUGACAUUUUUAUAUCUGGAGUGGAACAAGCUUGUAUGUAAGCUAUAGGAAUAGUGUGAACCAACAGUGAUGCCUAUGUUAUAAUCUUUUAACAUUGAACAGCUAGACAAUCAACCAUAACUUCACUGGACUUCUUCAACAGUGUCUUUUGUCUUGGUCUACACACAUCUUUUUGAGAUGUCAGUUAUCAUGAAAAAGAUGCAUCCUACAGUGUCUCAGUUCUCAUCAAGUCUUUCCUGAGUCACAGUCAGUAUCUCUAAACAGGCUCUUGUGUUUUUGAAGCUAUAAAGAUGAAUGAUUUUAGAAUAUGAAAAAGUCAGAUUUCUCCCCCCAUUGUUCCAUGCAGAUGUAAAUGCGAGCUGCGUAUGCUCUUUGUAUGUGUAAGCUACGAUAGCUAUAAAUCUUAAUCAAACCUGACAUGUAUAAAAUACUUUAAAUUCAACAUGGUUGUAUGAAAAUUUCACAAUACUAAAACAUAUUACAAGAGUUAAUCAAUGAAAUGUACAAAUAAUCAUCAAAUUUUGUAACUAAAAAUGUCUUUAUUUUGUUGUUGAUGUUCUUUCUGUUUGUGAAAAUAAACUUUUCCACCUGUCA